AUUUAGUUACAAAAAAAAAAAAACAUAAGACCAUACAAUCAUACAUACAUGGAUUUUCUUUCAUUAUUAGUUUUGAUGUUUUUAACACUUAUUGUACUACUCUCUCAUGCUCAGCAACCUUCUUGCUAUGAUGAAGAGAGGAAUGCUUUGAUUCAUUUCAACCAAAGUUUUAAAAUAGAUUGUGAUAAGGUUAGAUCACCUUAUUCUGAUCUUAUUCUCCAUCCAAAGACAUUAUCUUGGGGAUCGAAUGGUACUAAUUGUUGCUCGUGGGAGGGUGUUGAAUGUGACAUGUUGACCGGUCGUGUCAUUAGCCUUAACCUCAGUAGUUCUUGUCUCUACGGUUCAAUCCACUCCAAUAACACUCUCUUUCAACUUGUUCAUCUUCAGGAGCUCGAUCUUCAUUAUAAUAACUUCACUUUCUCUCCUAUUCCUAAUGCUAUAGGCAUAUUUUCGGAGUUGAAAAUUCUCAACUUGCGAUCUUCUUUCUUUCAAGGUCAGAUUCCAUUAGAAUUUUCGCUUUUGUCUAAGUUGUCUUUUCUUGACUUGUCAUAUAAUGUUGGUGGUAAUGAUCCAUUACUUGUGAAGCUUUUAAAACUUAAAAAUCCCAAUCUUAGAAGCCUAGUCAAAAACUUAACUUCCUUAGAUACUCUUUUUAUAAAUUAUGUGGAUAUAGGAUAUGAACUAGGUGAUGUCUUGGCAAAUUUGACUUCUUUGAGAGUUCUUGGUCUAGGGAAUUGUGGGUUGUAUGGGCCUAUUCCAUCUUCACUUGGUAAAUUAACCAAACUUAAUGCUCUAAAUCUCAAAGAAAAUGAUCUCAUUGGUACCAUCCCAUCUUCUAUUCAAAAUCUCACACAACUUUUUUUUAUAAGACUACCAAGUAAUCAUAUUUCCGGGCCAAUUCCUUCUUGGUUUGGAAAUCUUACUAAAUUAACAUACAUGAACUUUGAUUUCAACCAUUUGAGUGGUUCGUUUCCACCAUCAUUGUUUCAACUCAAUCGUCUCGAAACACUCUCACUUCAGGGUAACGAUUUAACUGGUAAGUUGCACUUCGAUUCUUUUCUUAAACUAAGAAAUAUCAUGAUCAUCGAUCUAAGUCACAAUAAAAUUUCGUUACACGUUGAAGAAACAAAAAAAGGAUCUCCUAACACAACACUUUCAAAUUUAAAAUAUCUAUCGCUGGCUUCGUGCAACUUAAGUAAGUUUCCUGAAUUUAUUGCUCAUCAAACUAAUCUUCACUUAUUGGACCUUGCAUAUAAUAGUCUAUUUGGUCAAAUUCCCCAAAAUCUAAUGAACUCAAGCAUUCAUAGCUUGGAAGGGAUAUAUUUAUCCAACAACUUGAUAACAGGGUUUCAUAACCAUACAACCAUUCUACCUUGGUCUAGUCUGCAUUUGUUAGAAUUGCAAGAUAACUUGUUCCAAGGACAACUACCGAUCCCGCCAUCAUCUGUCAUACAUUAUGAUGUCUCCAAUAAUAUUCUCAGUGGUGAAAUUCCCUCGGUGAUAUGCAAUUUGAGUUCAAUUUUAGUUCUUGAUUUGUCAAAUAAUAACUUGAGCGGAGAUUUUCCACUUUGUUCGGGCAAUGGGAUUAGUGAUUCUCUGUUAGUUUUGAAUUUGAGAAACAACUCUUUUCAUGGCACCGUUCCUCUUCAAUGUCAGCAUGAAAGUGAGUUGAGAAUGGCAGAUUUCAGUAACAAUCAUUUUCAAGGAAAACUUCAACGACCACUCACAACUUGUAUGAAUCUUGAGUAUCUUGAUUUCUCUUUCAAUCAACUCAGUGAUGUGUCCCCAGUUGGUUAGAGUUUUCCACGGUUAAAAGUUAUUUUGAUGAGAGAAAACAAAUUUCAUGGAGUUAUAGGAAAACCUCAAAAUACUACGAGUAAGUUUCAAAUGCUGCAAAUUAUUGAUAUGUCUCACAAUUAUUUCAUAGGGCCAUUGCCUUAUGAAUAUAUGCUCUCUUGGAAUUCUAUGAAAGCUUUCAAGAUGAGCAAUUUGACAUAUAUGAAAGCAUGGGAAAAUAUCACCUUUAACUCAAAUGCUAUUGGUCAAGCAGUCACUGGCUAUGAUUAUUCAACCACAAUUGUGAUGAAAAGUGUGGCAACACAUUAUGGGAAGAUUCCAAUAAACCUAGCCGUCAUUGACCUAUCGAGCAACAACUUUAGUGGUCAAAUUCCUAAAAUUAUUGGAAGCCUCAAGGCUCUUUACUCACUCAACCUCUCAAACAAUGCGCUCAGCGGUCACAUUCCACCAUCACUAGGGACACUAACAGAGUUGGAAUCGUUAGACCUUUCUCAAAACCAGCUGUCGGGAAAAAUUCCUCGUCGACUAGUAGAACUGAAAUUCCUCCAAAUGUUUGAUGUCUCUUACAACAAUCUCACAGCUAUUAUACCACAAGAAAACCAAUUCCAUACGUUUGAGAACAACUCAUUUGAGGGUAAUCAAGGACUCUGUGGAGAACCAUUGUCAAAGAAAUGCGAAGCACUGCUCCCACCAUCUGCUUUUAAUAAAGAUAUUGCUUCUGAAUCUGCAAUCGAACUCGACUGGAAAUUCAUUUUGGCAGGACUUGUUAGUGGGUUUGCUAUUGGAGUCUCUCUUGGGGAGAUAGUGAUCCCAAGAACGCGGUUGGCGUGGUUGGUUUACAUCUCUAGAACAAGAUUGAGAGAGAUGAUAAUCAGAAACUAAGCGUGUAUCUGCAAUACUUA